AUGGCUUAUAAGUCUAGACAUCAUAUUGAAGUGAGCUCAGUUGCACUGGUAGAUCUGAAAGCGGAAAUAUCACGAAGGCAAAUUGAAAUCAAACAGAAAGUUGAAAAACAUCCAGAUGGAUGUAAUGUUAUUAGGAAUCGUUCUGCCGAAUUAAAACCUGGCAAGUUAUCACUUUGGAAAACUUCCAAGGAGAAAAUUUUGGAAGAACGUAAAAAAUUAGAGGCUGAAAAUGUUCCAUCAGACUCUGAAGAAUAUGCAGAAUGGCAGAAAAGUAAAAGGUCAUUGGAAGCUAAGGCAAAACUAUACGAUGCUCUGAGAGAAGCUGCAAUGUCUGGAAAAAAGCAUAAAUUAUCAAAUACAAGUGAAAAUAAUGAAGAUAUUUUGGUUGAUUUUGAGCAAAAAGCAACAGAAAAUGUGUACUCAGUUCCUCCAGCCUCUCCUACACGAUCGUGUUCUUCAUACAGUAGUGACGAAGAUCAUACUAAUUAUCCUGCCGAUUGUAGUGAUGAAGAAUGGGCAGAUUAUAUCGAUGAGAAGGGUGUUAAACGAGUUUGUAUGCGCAAAGACUUAUCAAAGCAUAUAGAACAGUCUAGUCCGCCUAAGCCAGAUGGUCCACUGACUUAUGCUCAUUUAAGAGAAGGAGAGAUACGAGAUCAUGGUGUCGGAUUUUACGCCUUUUCUGCAGAUGCUGAACAGAGAGAAGCUGAAAUGAACCGCUUACGGGAACUCCAUAGGGCUACUGAAGAAGGUCGUGCUCGAGCUGAAGCAAUACGAGCCAAAAGAGACGCUAAAAUGGGCCAACGACUUGCUCGUUUACGUGCUCGUAAAGGCUUGCCGGAUGUAGCAACGGCUGCAGCACAGUGCUUGGGUGAGACUACAGUCCCAGCAACACCUACUCCACUAGGUGCAGAUGCUCAAUCUGAUAUACGUUUAAGUAACGAUGAUCUAGAUGUUGCCUCCAUGUUGCGUAGAUUGCGUGAUGAAGCUGAGCAUAGAGCUGCUGUUAACAGUAAAUUAAGUGAGUCGGUGAAUAUUACCACUUCUGCUAAGGAACCUGAGCACAGAACAAAUCUAGCGGAUGUCUUAGCUUCUCAAGAUCCAAGUCGUUCUUCUCAUAGUAGUAAGCAAAGAGAAUGGGAUCGAGGAAAAUCAAUGGUUUCAGCUCAACGUUAUAUUCAAGAAGAACGGGAUAAACGGCAUUCAGACUUUGCUCCUCCAUCUUAUUAUUGAAAUUUAACCUAACUUUUGUACAUACGUAAACUUAUUAUCUUGUUUCUCAAUGAAAAUAAAAUUUUUCUUAGCUAUCAUUUUAUUUUUGAAGUUAUCCACUUGGAUUUGUCUGCGUGUGUGUAUGUUUUAUGUGUAUAUUUAUGUGGAUAGAUGGAUGAAUUCCACUUUAAUUUGAAGCAAACUACUAUUUACCAUUGAAAUACUUAUUUGAAUCGAUUCUCAUCAAAAGUAUAGAAGUACUGAACAAAUGUUUUACUAAUUUUUUCGUUUUUUGUCAAUAAAAUUGCCUUAGGGGUGUAUUCAUCAUGUGUCUAUAUAGUAUAUGGUUAUUUCGUUAGUAUAUUUCAUGAGGCAGAUGUUAUUACUGAAUACACUACUGCAAGAAUAGUGUGGAAUCUAAUCCGGUUGCGUAAUGAAACUAAAAAAGAGUUAUAAAGGAAAGUAUUUCUGUAAAUAAAAUGAAAAAUAUUCUAUGAACAAUAUAUGUAAGAUACUUUGAUUGCUAAUCAGCAUGAAACUUAAAUCAACCAGGUCUUUCUGCCGAUCGCUUUCAUCAAACUGACAUCAAUCGUAGUCCACUGUCAGCAUCAAGAUCAACAUAUGACCAGGCAUUACUGCUUAACUGUCCAAGUUCCCAGCCACACCUCAUAUCAACACAUCAAGUAACAAGGCAAUAAAAUAGGAGAUGAUGAAGUUAAGUAUAGCGGUUAAUGUGAGGAUAUCGUCUGUAUACAUCUGCGCCACUGAUAUCGGUUCUGAACCAUAUCACACAGAAUCUCCAACCACCAGUUCCUCUUGUCCCGCGAACCCCAAACAGUUGGUCUGCGUUGCUUUACGUGGCUCAAACCAACAGUGAAGGACUUCAUGGGUUGAUGUCAUGUUUUAGUCUGGCCACCUGGAGCAUUCUUUCAUCCUGAACUUGUUUCGGCCAAUAUUGCGCGAUGAAGCAGACGGUGGCUAGACAUACGCAACACAUGUCCCAGUCAGCCAUCUCAGUCGAUGAAGGUUAACAACAGCAUCAACUGUCUUACCUCUCCUGCCUAAAAAUCUACGUAUGACUUCUGGGUUACUCACGUAGUGACUCCACAAAACAGGAAACGGGUGUUAAUGGAACAAUCACUUAUAUACGUGGAGAUAUUUGAAAAUACAUCUUAGUGUUUGCCACGAUUUGAGAAUGUUUGGGAUGCGUUUCCCACCACCCAAAUGCAAAUCGUUGCUCCAGAAUUGGUCUUCAACGGUCUUAUGGCUGACAAUAGAGAGUGUAGUGGUUGAGUGUGUCAACCACUUCACGUACCUGGGAAGUAGGAUCAUCCCUGGUGGCUGGCUGGUCGGUGAAAUUUCUACACGAAUAUAAAAGGCUCUGCUGGCUUUUGCCAGUUUACGCCACCUAUGGCGCCGCCGUGGUAUCCAUGUGUCUAUUAAGGGUUGCGUGUACUGCACAGCAGUCCUCUCUGUUCUACUCUAUGGCUGUGAAAUAUAGCCAUUGAAGGUGGAAGAAAUGAGAAGGCUGGCUUCAAGUGUUUGGCCACCUUUGCCUUCGUAGUAUAGGCUGUAUUCCAUGGUGUCACCACAUGAGUAAUGCAGAAGUCAGGUAUAGAGUUUUAGGGAGAAGAGGUAAGUCGGUUGACACAGUUGUCAACCUUCGUCGACUGAGAUGGUUAGGGCACGUACUAAGCUUGCCUAGUCACCGAUUGCCUCAUCAUACAAUGUUGACAGAAGUAGGUCCAGGCUGGAGAAAGGCCCGAGGUCGCACCAAUUUAUGAAGUCUCUGACUGUUGGUUUGAGCGAUGUGGGGCGAUGCAGACUGGGUGGUUGCAGUCCACGGGACAAGAGUAACCAGUGGUUGGAGACUCUAAGUGAUCACAUGGUUGAGAACGGAUGUCAGUGGUGCCUUUUUACCUGAUGUAAUGAUAUGAGGUGUAGCAACUCGGACCGUAAUGCCUGGUCCUAUGUUGAUAAUGAUGGUGAUGAGUGUUUACCACGUAAUUGUGAUCAAAUACUUUCGCCUUGGAUACUCACUGCUGAGAAUAGACUUGUCUUUAAUCAGAAAGCAUCACGGUGAGAAAUUUGUUCACAUAGUUUAUCUUAAGUAGGACUAAGGGAAACUAGUUAUUUAACUUGGUACGCUUCAAAAAAAAGUAGUAGUACAUAUAACUUCGUAUUAUCAUUUUGUAACUGCAAUUACUCCGCUUUCAAACAUUUCGUAAGUAUGUAAUUUAUUGUUGACACAGGGGAAUGCAAAAAUCCUCGACUACUCUUCUAAUUAUGGUUAGCAGUUUUAGAAUACAUCCUAAUUUCACUCCUUACAACAUGAAAUGUGAUAUCUAUGCGUUGGCAUACUGUAUCCAGUUCUGUUGAAUCGAAUACUUAAUGGAUUUUUUCUCAUAUGGUAUAAUUCAUCUAACUGGACACCGUGUUUCAGAAAGAAGGAACUUGUGAUGAACAGCCAAAAUUUUUUUUUCAAGGAUAUAAAUCAAAAUAGUAGCCUUAAAUUAACUGCAUUCCUUCCGUUAUUGUUCUACAGUUGUGAAUAUUAAGGAAGUAUACAGCUGCCAAUAAGAAUCGAGGGUUAUUUUAAUUUGCAGAGAUCUAUAACCCUGCAUACUACGUCGCCUUUACGACCGUACAAGUUUAUUAAUAUAGCGGAGUAAAACAUAGGCACUUUGGUCAAUUGUAAUCCCAUUUUAGUCUGUUUAUUAGAAAUUAUUAAAAGUCGACAGGGGAUCUGAUAUGCCGUAUAAAGCUGUCUCUUGGUGAGUCAAAAUGGUUCAAUUUAAUUCCAAAAACUAACAAUAAUCCCAGUAGAAUGUAUGGUACUAUUAAGAUACGUAAGCCAGGUUAUCCCAUCAGGCCUAUAGUAGAUUUUAGAAACACUCCGACUUACGAAUUGUCUAAAUAUUUAGUUAUACCCAAUAAGAAAUCGCUCAAGAUCUCGACUUACCAACUCUUAUGACAUUAAAGCACAGAUUAGACGACAGUGAAAAAAAUGGUUAGUUUUGACAUAACUAGCCUUUACACAAAUAUACCGAUUGACAUGGCUCUAGAGGCAGUUAGAAGUGGACUGAUAAAGAGCUUACGCAUUUAACUAAGGUUUCGAUCGAGGAAAUCGUGCUGAGAGUACGAUUGUGCCUAACAUCUACAGUUUUUAAGUUUCAAAAUAAGAUAUAACUGAACAAACAGAAAGUGUUGCCAUGGGAUCACCAAUAUCCCCUAUCACUGCAGAUAUAUUUAUGAAUAGUUGGGAAUAGAUGGCCCUUCAAACAUUUAAUCCUACUCCAAAGAUAUGGUCCUUAUACGUAGGUGAUACGUUUACAGUACUGAAAUCGGAACACAUCAAUAGGUUCUUGGCACAUGUGCAUCCAGAAGUGAUGAAAGUGAACUAGGAAUGUUGGAUUACAAAAUUAAACGAAAACAAGAUGGAAGCCUAGGGACUAGUGUCUAUAGAAAACCGUCUCACUCAAAUCGCUACUUGGGCUCCAAAUCAUCCCAUCUCGUUUCAGUUAAAGUAGGCCUAGUUAAAUGCCUAAGUGAUAGGGUGAAAAAGCUUACUAGUAGACCAGAAAAUCUACGACCAGAAAGAAAUUAGACACAUCAAGAAUACCCCGUGUCUCAAUAAUUACCCACCAAAAUUUACAAAUAAAUUCAUAAGAAAUCAAAAGAAAAAUAAUAGCAGUGGUGGUGGUAGUAGUAGAAAUACAGAUGUUAGUAAUAAUAAUUCCACUACUGAUAGUAAUAGUGGUGACAGGGUUGAGAGAGAAUUCAAAGCCUUUGCUGUGUUAUCCUACAAGGAAGGCAUCUCAGAAGCAUUAUGAAGAAUUCUCAAUAAGACUGGCCGGGAUUAAAGUGGCUGGCCUUUGAACCAACAAACUCAUUUGGAAACAAGCUUUUUUUUAGGUUAAAAGAUCCUAUCGAUGCAAUUAAACGAAAUAAUCUGGUUUACCAGAUCCCUUGCAAUGAUUCUGAGGUCAAAUUGCAUAGGUCAAAGUAAUCGACUAGUCUAGGGUCGAUUAGAAUUAAAGAGGACAAAAACUCAGCUAACUCAAGAUUAGUAGAUCGUAAUAAGAUGAGAAGUUUAAAGAAAAGCUCGGAUAUAGCUCUGCACGAGGCUACACACAAUCACACAGUAGGGUAGGAUAGAGCAACAGUAAUAAAAACUUAAAUGGGUGGGUGGAAGGAGGGAUUGAUAACCGAAUCUCUGGUUAUCCAGUCAACACCGAAUACAUGCAGUAACAGAAAUGAUUCUGCACCUGUCCCAGAUAUAUGGAAAAUUUUACUACCCUUGUCAUCACAGAGAAGGAGAGAAAAUUAGGGACUAAAUAAACUCUAUUUGCAAGUUGUGGAGUUACCUGCUGAUGGGAAUAUAG